CCAUGAAUGCGAUGGCAAUGCAGUCAUCGGUUGUGCCGAUGAAUGGCUUUCAGUCGACGCCAACGGUUCCGUUGAGUCGUUUGAUUGAGUUUGCGAUUCAGCGGACAUACCAUGAGUUGUCUGUUUUGGCGGAUCUGUUGCCACGAAAGACAGAUAUGGAGAGGAAGAUAGAGAUCGUGUCGUUCGCGAGUCGGACGCGUCAGCUGUUUGUGCGGCUCUUAGCGCUGGUCAAGUGGGCCGGAAGUGCCUCCAAAGUGGACAAAUGUGCGACAAUUGUCCAAUUCUUGGACCGACAGUCGGAUCUGUUUGUGGAGACGGCGGACAUAAUGGCAAAGAUGUCGAGAGAGACGUUAGUGUCGGCCCGACUGCCGAGCUUUCAGUUGCCGUCAGCCGUAGAAGUGCUGACUUUAGGCACGUAUUCACGUCUUCCGACUGUAAUCCGCGAUCGUAUCGUCCCUUCGGAUCCCAUCACUGCCUCCGACCGAAAGGCAACACUCCUUCGUCUGAAUCAUAUAAUCCAACAACGAUUGGUCUCAACAGCGCUUCCGUCGCAGAUGAAGAACCUGAAGGUGGAGUCGGGAAGAGUGGUGUUUCAUGUGGAGCACGAGUUUGAACUCUCGCUGACACUUAUGGGAGACAUACCAUCGCUUCCGUGGAGAGUCUUAAACGUGAAGAUAUUGGUUGAGGACAAGGAGACGGGCGGCGGUAAAGAUCUGGUCCACGCGUUGCAGAUAAUGUUCUUACAACACUUGGUUCAGUCCAGACUCACAGACAACUCGAGACCAUUGAUCGAUGUCUACAAUUUGUUGCAUUCGUUUUGUCUGAGUCUUCAGUUGGAAGUGCUUCAGACUCAGGCCAUCCGCUUAUGUCACGAACGGUUAGACGACUUCAUUCGCAUCGAUGAAUACUCGCCGGGAAAUCGUUUAAUACUCUCGUAUUGGAGAGAACACAACAGAGAGGAGAAGGGAUACAAACUCUGUGUCCAAAUAGAUUCGGCUCAACCCUCACGACCUCUUCAAGUGAUACAUUUUCCAGAGCUCGAGACCAAAGACACUGUCCAGACAUGCGAUGCCAUCAAAUCGGACUACUUUUCCAUCGAAAAGAUAUUGAUUCAAACGACUUAUGAAAGAGCGAAACAAAAACUCAUUCAAUUGAAGAAAGAAUUUGACGACAAGAGUGUCGGCCUAUCAGUACUUUCCGGCUCUCCGUCCGUACUUCAGGUAUCGUUUCUUCAGCCGUGUAUGACAUCCGAGCGCUUAUUGAUUUCAGUGGACACUCUGACGGGCAGUUUUCUGACACACAUUCCUCAGUUCGAAGAAUGUCCUAUUGUUGACGACAUCCAAAACGUUAUCAACAAGAAUACCGCUAAAGUGAUCGCACUUUUGAGACAAUUGAGGAUUUGGUUGACGUGUCAGAGAUGUCGCAAAACAGUGGAAUCACUUCCCGUACAUGUGGUCGAAAGUCUUCCGUUUCCGACCGCAUAUUCUCAUCCAUUUUUGGCCAUAAAGUCGCAGAAACUUUACUAUCGAUUUGGCAAACAUUACAACAACUGUUUGGUCACUGUUUUCGGUGAGAAUGAAGUGCAGAGCGAAAUAGAAAUCGAUUACUAUUUGCUUUACGUCUCGCAAACCUCGUCGACGAGCGUUGAAUCGAGCGUUCAGUUCGAUGUGGACCUCCCGAAGCCUUACCUUCAGAUAACAAAGGCAUUAAAGCUCGACAUUUCAAAUAUAUUGAGACAAUCGUUCUCUUCUGAGGACAAUAUGUUCUAUGUCGAUCUCCCGAAGCCUUACCUUCAGAUAACAAAGGCAUUAAAGCUCGACAUUUCAAAUAUAUUGAGACAAUCGUUCUCUUCUGAGGACAGUUGCGAUCGAAACGGCAAACGAAAGAUAUGUUCCAACAAUGAAGUGAAGAAAAUGGCCCGAAACGAGACCACAGGCUAUUACAUCCCAGACUUAGCACAUGUGGUCAGCUUUUGCGAAGAGAAGUUGGCCUACAGUUCACUAUCACAUGAACUGCAGAAGCGGUCGAUAUGUCAUCAAAUAUUGCAAGACUCUGACGGUUACACACAUUUCAUAGAUAUUGUAAAACUGUCGCAAUGUUUGCCACAAACGAGUGCCGAGUAUUGGGACAAAUUACAGGCCGACACUCUUAGCUCAACCAUUAGACUCCAUGGAAAGGGAUCUAAGGUGUGGAACGUAGUGCUGGCCUUCUGUAACCCUCCCCUCCAGACAUUGGCGGCCAAAGAGCACGGCUCCAGACGUGUGCUUAACCUUCCGUACGAAUACGCCAGCGGUUCUCAAACUCAUCUCAAUAAAAUGGUUGACGAAUUACUCAAUGAUUGGUCAGCCAUUGCCCGACUCUAUGAUGUGAUUAAAACAUUUGCCGCAAAUUUGCAAAACAACAAUCAGUUGAACACUUUGUUUGACAUCAAAUCAUUUUCGCUAUGGAAUCAA